CACAGUAAAUCAUUUGAUAUAUCCGUAGACUCCAUAAUAGGCUACAUCAAGUGUUUUAUAAUUUGCUCAUCGCCGUCAGUUUCAGCUGCCAGGACAACCAGUCUACCUCUACCGUAUUGACAACGAUGCAUUGUGGGACGAAAUAAGAUGCUGGUACAGAGUGGCUGCUAGAAAAUGCCUGCAAGAACUAUGAGCACUAGCCAAUGGAAUUGUAUGUGGCGUGCAGCAGAGUCAAGGGCGGGGGAGGCAGGCUAUUUCAGCGGGGCAGAGACCCACAUUUUUUGCAGUGAGUAAAUCUGAUCAAAUUACCAGUGUCCGCUAGAAAGCAAAACGGAAGACAUCCAGCGAGGUGAAAUAACGCAUUUUUCGAAGGCUUGAAGCGUUCACUGUCUCCCACAAAAGGCAGGCAUCAUGACUGACAGAAAGGCUGUUAUCAAGAAUGCUGACAUGUCUGAGGAUAUGCAGCAAGAUGCUGUGGACUGUGCAACCCAGGCCAUGGAGAAAUACAACAUAGAGAAAGACAUUGCUGCCUACGUCAAGAAAGAGUUUGACAAGAAGUAUAAUCCCACAUGGCAUUGCAUAGUUGGGAGGAACUUCGGCAGCUACGUGACCCAUGAGACCAAGCACUUCAUUUACUUCUACCUGGGUCAAGUGGCCAUCCUCCUCUUCAAGUCUGGCUGAGUUCCCUCAGUGAGGUUUUGAAAGCCUCUGAUUAUGAACUGCAAUGCACUGGAGGCAGAUGAAGCCUCCACACACACACACUUCAAAUAAUGUAAACAUACCAUAGAGAUGCAAAAUGGCUGUGUGCAACUGCAUGGACUAUGUACCUUAUUAUUGUGUAUGUUACAGUCAAAUUACUUUACAAUAGUUGCCAGGAAAAAUGCAACGUAAAGAGUUUUGUUAAACAGGCUCUUCAUAUUUUGUUAUACUUCGUAUUAAGUUGUAAAUGCUUUAACGAUGGCCCCUUGAUUGUGUAAUAAAGGCAAGCUAGAAGAAGUAGCUGUGCAUCUGCUUGAGAA